AUGGCUCCUCAACGUCCUGCUUCUGGUAAAGCUUCUGGCAAUGAGCCUAAGCGAGUAAAGAAGGUCAUGACCCUCCAGCAGAAGGUGGAAUUGCUUGCUAUGCUUAAAGCAGGCAACAGUUUUGCAGCCGUAGGUCGCCAUUUUGCAGUCAAUGAAAGUACAGUCGGGUCCAUCCAGAAGGAGGAGGUCGAGAUAAGAAAGGCCGUCAGCAUUAGUUUUCUUGGCAGCGCCAAGAAAAUGAGUACUGUACGAGACCAGGAUGUGGUACGCAUGGAGUCUACCUUGGCACUGUGGAUACACGACUGCCGUAAGAAAAACGUUCCCCUUGGUCGUGUAUUCGUAUGUGAGAAGGCACGGCAGCUCUAUGCAAAAUUUUCAAAUGGCAGCGAGACCGAAGGCAGCGACGUAGCUCAAGAAGCAGACUUCUUAGGCUUCGACGAAGCCUCUGAUGAAGGAGAGCCAAAAGCAGGACCUUCUUCAGCUCUUCAGGGGUUUCAAGCUAGCAAGGGCUGGUUUCAGCGAUUCAUGCAGAGAUUUCAGCUCAAGCAUGUCUCCUUGCAUGGCGAAGCUGCAUCGGCAGACGUGGACGCUGCACAAAAUUAUCCAGAAACCUUCAAAAACCUAAUCAGCGACAAAGGCUACUGUCCACAACAGGUCUUCAAUAUGGACGAGACUGGCCUCUUCUGGAAGAGGAUGCCGUCACGUACAUAUAUUAUGAAAGACGAAGCCAGAGCCUCAGGUUUCAAGGCACACAAGGAUAGGGUGACCCUUAUGUGUGGCAAUGUGACGGGCUUCAUGUUGAAGCCAGGUUUAAUUUACAAGUCCGCUAAACCCAGGGCCCUCAAGAAUAAAAAUAUGCAUACGCUGCCGGGGUUUUGGAUGCAUAACUCCAAAGCCUGGAUCACCAAAGUCCUUACAGAACGGUGGUUCCUUCAAAGCUUCAUUCCACAAGUCAAGCAAUACCUCAGCGACUUGUGUAUGGAGUUCAAGGUCUUGUUGCUUAUGGACAACGCCAGUGGCCACCCUGCUAAUCUUUGUUAUGAGGGAGUCUAG